AUGGACGCGGGCGUCGGUGUUUUCGGGAACAAAGCGGGCAUGACCCAGCUCUUCAUGGACGACGGCCUGUGCGUGCCCGUGACGGUCAUCGCCGUGCAGGCGGGCAACGUCGUGACUCAGGUGAAAACCGAGGGCACCGACGGCUACAACGCCGUCCAGGUCGGAUACGACCAGGUCGCGGACUACAAAAUCACCAAGCCGGAGGUGGGCCACUGCGCGAAGGCUGGCGUCCCUCCCAUGCGUCACCUCGAGGAAUUUCGCCUGAAGGAGGCGAGCGAUCACGCCCCGGGUCAGCAGCUCAAGCCGUCGGAGAUGUUCAAGGAGGGCGACGUCGUGGACGUUCGCGGCACGAGCAUCGGUAAGGGAUGGCAGGGUGCGGUGAAGAAGUACGGCUUCUCCCGAGGUCUCAUGACGCACGGGUCGAAGUCUCACCGCCAACACGGAAGCGUCGGCGCGGGGACGUCGCCCGGGCGCAUCUUUCCGGGGAAGAAGAUGCACUCGCAGAUGGGUAACGAGACCGUCACGGCGAGGAAGCUCAAGGUCAUGCGCGUCGAGGACGACUGCAUCAUCGUGAAGGGGUCCGUGCCGGGGAAGAGGGGCAACCUCCUGCGCGUCGCCCCGGCGAAGAUCGUCGGGAAGACCUGCUAA